CAUCUGAAACCCCAAACACGGCGCUCUCGAUCUGUCUGCAACUCUCUCUCUCCUCCGAGUCUCUUUCUGGAACACACACACUCUCUCUCUCUAAUGGCGCUUGAAGAACUAACCGAUUACGAGCGAAGGAGGCUCGAGAACAUCAAGCGUAACAGCAAAAUGGUGGCUUCUCUCAACAUCCACUCCACACUGCACCAACUCUCCUCCUCAACCAAACGCCAAAGAGUCCAGACCAAACCUCGCCAACUCAGUUCUGAAAACAAAGCUCCAGUCACUGUUCGGCGGUCUAUUCGUGCCCGAGGAAUGCCCCCUGAUUCUUCCACUGCCGCCGGGAUCAAACACGGCUUCCUAAAAAACCUAAGGAGGAUCCGCAAAUCACACACCUCAAAUUGGCAGCUGCCUCGCGAACUCUGUCCUCUUAAAAUGAAGGACGUGUUUAUCAACGGCGUCUCAGAUCAAAAUUUUGUUAAAACCAUAAUGGGUAUUUCAAAAAAGACUCAAUUUAGUUAUAGGAAUGGGAGUUUGACUGGUUUGGUAGAGGGAAUUGGGGGUGGUUCUCACAAUUUGGCUCCUGAAAGUGAGGAUUCUGGGUGCUCAACUAGGGCUUGGGGUUCUGUAAAUCCAAAGUCAAUCAAAAUGGAAGAGAAUGUACGGAUGGUUGUGCCGGAGAGAGUAAUGGUUUUGAGGUUCUUACCGUCUCCGCAUGAGAAAAUAAUUAUGGCAGGUGAUAGUUUGGGUAGUGUUGGAUUUUGGAAUGUUGAUGUUAAAAAUGAGGAUGAUGAUAAGGGUGGAAUUUAUUUGUACCAACCUCAUUCGGGUUUCAUUUCAGGAAUUUCGGUUCAACCGUUUUCCAUUUCAAAGAUAUAUACAAGCAGCUUUGAUGGAUUUAUUCGUUUAAUGGAUGUUGAGAAGGAGGAAUUUAGUCCGGUAUAUUCAAGUGACUAUGCUGUACUGUCUAUUUCUCAAAGGACAAAUGAUGUCGGGUCUAUAUAUUUUAGCGAGGGUCAUGGACGACUCAAAAUUUGGGAUGAAAGGGAAGGAAAACCAUCAAUCUCAUUGAUUUUGCAUGAAGAUGGUAUCAAGUCAAUAGAUUUUAAUGCAAAUAACACUAAUAUCAUGGCUACAAGUUCAACAGAUGGAACUGCAUGCAUUUGGGAUCUGAGAAGUAUUAAUGCAGAGAAGCCUAAACCUUUGAAGUCUGUUCGCCAUGAAAAAGCUUUGUAUUCUGCUUACUUCUCACCCUCUGGAAGUUGUCUUCUAACAACAGGUACUGACAACAUUGGAUUACUAAGUGGAACUAAUUAUGAGGAUGUAUCUACGAUAUGCCAUCGUAAUAAAACAAGCUCACUAUUUUUAGUUUGCAGAGCUAUAUGGGGUUGGGACGAUUCAUACAUCUUCGUGGGCAAUCUCGAAAGAGGGCUUGAUGUGAUCUCUGCAGCAAAAAAAAGUACAAUAACAACUAUGCGGAUCCCAGAAAUCUCAUACUGCUUUGAUGCACACCCUUGCAAAAUUGGGAUGCUUGCCGGAGCCACAAUUGAUGGCCGGGUCCACAUGUGGUCACCAUGCUAGGAAACUUGAUUGAACUGGCUGAGACUAGCAUGUCAAGGUUGUAUUUUCACUUAACACGGUUGUGUAAUUUUUUGCAAAUAUUCAAGUAUGUUGUUAUUGCGUCGUAGAAGCAUUUUGUCACGUGGGUUGAAAUCUUUUUGUAGACGGUUCAAUGCACAUUAUGACCAUACAUGGUAAUUAUAUGUAGUUCUUUUUUUUUUUUGUUUUUUGGUCCUGUUUUCUUUUGCCAGAGGUGCAGGGGCUAGGUUUUGUGCUGUUCAGUGAUGAAUUGAUAAUUCAGUUUUUCAUUAUUGAAUAGAAAUUUUCACUGA